AUGAACCAUGUCAUCAUCGUUGCCAACUCUGCAACCCGGCCUAUGGCCUGGAUGGGUCUGCAAUGCCCGCGUGACCCAUGUGGCGCCCAAGACCCAGUGCUGCCUGAGUCGUCAGCGCUGUCCACAGUGGUGACUCUGAGCCAGCUGCUGCGCCACAAUCUUGCUCCUUCCACCGUCCCCGCAAGACGAGAGGCUGAGGCUGAAGCUGAGGCUGGAGCAUCAGGUGCUGAAGCCCAAGGUCGUCCCCACUCGAUGUUGGAGGUGAGAGGUGAGAGGUGGACGUCAGUCAGCUCAGAGUCGAGCCCCACCAUCCGCCGCCUGCUUCAUAUCCGCAGCAGCACGCUUGACCUCUCCCGAUUCGACUCCCAUUGCGCGGCCAGUGCUCAUUCCCCUCAAUCAACACCGGCUUCAUACUCUACAAGACCAAUUCCUUGGUCGAGAAGCUCAUCAAAAUGCCGGUAUGCCUACAACUCCAUGUUCAAUGCCGAUCCCAACGUUCCCCGAUUAAUAGGCAACUUCCCUCUUCUGCCGUUGCGCACAAAGACCCGCGGCCCUGCAUACACCCUCCCCUUCCCCAACCCGCCUUUGCCAGCCAACGAGUCCCCCGAUCCGGACAGCGAGAGCUACGACAUCCUCGACGAGGUCCUCGCCCUCUUCCGCGCAAACACCUUCUUCCGCAACUUUGAGCUCCAGGGUCCCGCCGAUCGCCUGCUGGUCUACGGCAUCUGGUUCGUCAGCGACUGCUUGACCAAGAUCAAGCCCAACGCCGGCGUCCGCGAUGCCUCCAAGGAUGUCAUGAACGUUGCCCUUGACACCAACUUUGCCAUUCCUGGCGAUCCGGCAUGGCCAUUGAACCAGAUGUACGAGCCUCCCCGUGAUCGACAAGAUGCUGAGCAGCUCCGACAGUACAUGUCCCAGGUCCGUCAGGAGUUAGCGACGCGGUUAUUGGCACGCGUGUACGACGAGGGUGGCGACGGAAAGCCGAGCAAGUGGUGGCUGAGCUUUACCAAGAGAAAGUUCAUGGGCAAGGCGUUGUGAUGCGCCGCGACCAUGGAAAAAAAAAAAGAGAAAGACGCUGGAGAAGAAAUGUGUAAGGAUGUUUAGAGCGACAAGGCCAAUAUGAUGAUGCCAAUUACUCCAAUUUCAGCUCUGUCGGCAUAGGUGGAGGGAAUGCUAGGGUAUCUAUAUGCAUGCAAGAUGCUGUCCAAGGGGAGAGGGACGACAGUUUCCGCAAGUCCCCCCUCCGGCUACCUAGGUAUGCUACCUGCUACCUAGACCAUGAUAUCGUAACCUCUCAACCUU